GAUAUCGGUGGCGGUGGGGAAAGCCUUACACCUGAAGAAAAGGAAAGAUUAGCUCAAUUAGAACAGGAACGACUGGAAGCGCUCAGAGAACAAGAAGACAGACGACGAGAGAAACACAAGAAACUGGAGGACGAGAGAGAAAAGAUGCGGAAAGGGAUUAGAGAUAAGUACAAUAUUAAAAAGAAAGAGCAAAUCAGUCGCGAAGAGUCCAUAGAAAUCAAGAAACAGGACUCAGUUUGUUCUGAGGGUGGGCUCAACCGCAGGAAGAAGACCCCCGAGGAGAUGGCCGCCGAGGCCGAGGAGGCAGACCUGGAUGAGUUCACAAAAUUCAAGAAUUCACUCGAGCAUAGGAUCUCUGAAAUCAAGAAUUCUUUAGAGGCCCGGUGUGUCGUUCAGUAAAUACAUAUACCAUUACAGUGAGAGACUACCAGUGCUACUCUGCCAGUACUAUCAUUGGUUCAUGUCGUGCUAAAUUCACACCCCGAUAGUUGUGGUGACAAUUAUAUUGUAUAUUGAUAUAUUAUAUUAAAAUGUUAUUUACUAUUAUUAGAUACAAUUGUAAUUAUGAAAACAAAACUUUGUUUAUUUGCAUAUAAUGUAGGAAAAUGUGUAUUUUUUCGUUUAUUACAGUAUUCUGUAUGUAAAGAAUGUUAAAAAUAAUUUUUACAACUAUAAAUUCAACAUUUGAUAUGCAACGAUAUGUCUCUAACAAAAAAGGCAUUCAAACAUUUUGCAGGUAAUUAAUUGGUGG